AUGAAUGAACAAAUGGCAAAUACUACUGCUUCGUGGCGUGUUUUUGAUGAUAUUACAUAUAAGAAAACAGAAACAAGUACAAUAGCUGAUUAUUCAUCUAAAUUUCGAGAUCCUAGUAGUUCAACUGGUGCAACAAUUAAACCAUUUGUUGCUAUGGCUCCAUGUGGAGGACCUAUUGCUUUUGUAUAUAAAAGACCAGGAACAGGAUCAAAUGAUGUUAAAUAUACAAUGAUUAUACAAAAUUUACCCAAACAUAAUGGGAAAUUAAAAGAAUUUGAUCGAGGUGUUCUUAUACUUGUUGAUUGGACAAUUAAUGAAGAUUUAUUAUUGGUAACUGAAGAUGGUAAAUAUUAUAUUAUGGAUAUAUUUCAUUAUAAUACAAGUAAUGAUAAAUCAAUUACACUUAGUGAGUCUGUAUCAACAAUAAGUAGUGCAUGUACAUUCAAAACAAAUGCCGGAACAGGAUUAGUAGCAUUAAGAAAAAAUCAAGAUGGUUUUGUAGCUGUAAAAAAUGUUUAUCUUCCAAUUAUUCAAACAAUAUCACUUAAUUUGGAUCCUCGUUCAGUAAUAUCAGCAUGGCGUGUAAUUGAUCAUGCUGAUAUAACACUUGCUUAUGCUUAUGAAAAUAUUAUAGUAACAUGUAAUGCUAUAUCAUCACGACGAGAUUCACAAACAAUUCCUGGUAUUACUGAUACAAUUGUUAAAUUAAUUUCAAGUAGUAAUUAUAAAAGUAUUGCUAUGUUAAAAGAUAAUGGUGAUGUACUAAUUGGAUUAAAAGAAAAUCUUGGACAAUCACAAGCAGUUACAUUAAAAUAUACAAAUAAUAAUGAUAAAAAUAAAAUUACUGAUAUUGCUUGGUGUGGAUCAGAUACUGUUAUUGAUAUUCGAUCAAGUUCAAAAACUUGGUUUGAUUUACUUAUUAUUAAUGGAAAACAUUCACAACCAAUGACCAUUGACUGUCUACAUCCACAUGGUCGCCUGCAUAAUUUAUCGUUAGUGGUAUCAUCAGAAUCUCCAUUAUUCAAUAGGUUAAUUCUUGAACCUAGAUUCUAUUAUGUCGACGAUCCAAUAGAUGGUAUAAUGGAUGAGGAUAAGCAUAUUCCAAUACUUGGUCUUGGCGAUUUCUUUUAUUACAACCUCAUGCUAUUAUUUGUAUUGCCACCAAUAUUGCCUAUGACUGCUAAAAUUUGUGUGGCAAUCGGUGGUAUAAUUAGUGUGCAAGUUGGAUAUAUGGCAACGAUUCGAAUCGCAGCCUUUUGGAAUGUAGAAAAGGCUAUACCUGGUCUUCCUUUACCUGUAAUCACUUAUUCGAUUUAUGCUAUCUUAGUUGAUAUCUUUAUGGAAUAUUCAAAUCUAGAUAAUUGUUAA